AUGGGAGAAUUCCCAGAGGAUUCCAAGUCCCCGGUUGGAAGAAAGCAGCUGAAUGGAGCAGUGACAAGCAAGUCGAAGAGUCAAGCCUCAUUGUUCAAGGAAUCUUAUCCUAAGAAGGACCGAGCUAAUCUAAUCCCGGCUUCUGUUAGUUCUCAAGUCCAAUAUGGUUGUCCUGUUUGUUCAGAGAAAAGCAGUUGCCAAGUUGUUAAGUCCAGAACAAAGUUGAUGAAAAUACUGACUGAGAAGAAGAAGUCACAUGAAGUUCACUCAAUUUUCAGAGGUUUAGUAGAAGAAGGCCACAGACCUACACUUGUAACAUACACUACUGUUUUAGCUGCACUGACCCUCCAGAAACGCUUCAAAUCCAUUCCUAUGCUCCUUUCCAAGGUUGAAAAAGAUGGAUUGAAACCUGACUCCAUUUUCUUCAAUGCCAUGAUCAAUGCGUUCUCUGAGUCUGGCAAUCUCAAGGAAGCAAUGAAGAUAUUCAGAAAAAUGAGGGACAAAGGAUGUAAACCCACGGCCAGUACAUUCAAUACCUUAAUUAAAGGUUUUGGGAUCAUUGGCAAACCUGAGGAAUCCUUGAAACUGUUGGAAAUGAUGUCUUUGGAAGAGAAUGUGAAACCCAAUGAUAGGACAUACAACAUUCUUGUCCGAGCUUGGUGUAAUAAGGACAACAUAGGAGAAGCAUGGAAUGUAGUUUACAAGAUGAUUGCCUCCGGUAUGAGUCCUGAUGUUGUUACAUAUAAUACCCUAGCCCGUGCGUAUGCUCAGAGUGGAGAGACAAGCAAGGCAGAAGCAAUGAUCUUCCAGAUGCAGACUAGCAAAGUAGCCCCGAAUGAGCGAACUUGUGGUAUCAUAGUGAAUGGGUACUGUAAAGAAAGAAACAUGUCAGAUGCACUAAGAUUUGUUUACAGAAUGAAGGAUCUUGGGGUGACUCCAAAUCUCAUCAUUUUUAACUCUCUUAUCAAAGGUUUCCUCGAUGUCACAGACACUGAUGGUGUCGAUGAGACUUUGACGUUGAUGGAAGAAUUUGGAGUUAAACCAGAUGUGAUAACAUUUAGUACCAUCAUGAAUGCAUGGAGUUCUGCGGGUCUUAUGGAUAAGUGCAGAGAAAUCUUUGAUAACAUGGAGCAGUCUGGCAUCGAACCCGACAUACAUGCUUUUGGCAUUCUUGCCAAAGGGUAUGUGCGUGCUGGGGAACCUGAGAAGGCAGAGUCUCUCCUGAAACUUAUGGAUUCAUCAAGAGUGCAUCCAAAUGUUGUGAUCUUUACAACAAUCAUCAGUGGUUGGUGCAGUGCAGGAAAGAUGGAAAAUGCCUUGAGGAUAUAUGAGAAGAUGUGUAAAAUGGAUAUAUCUCCAAAUUUGAAAACGUUUGAAACCCUGAUAUGGGGAUAUGGAGAAGCAAAACAACCAUGGAAAGCCGAGGAAUUCUUGGACAUCAUGAAAGGCAAGGGUAUUCUGCCAGGGAAGAAUACAGUUCAGCUUGUUGCAGAUGCUUGGCGUGCCAUAGGUUUCUUUAAUGAGGCAAAAAGAAUCACGAGUGACCUAAAUGAUGGAAGGAAUACGACGAAUGCUUUGAAUGAGAAGUUAGAUGAGGAGCAGGAAAAAGUGUAUCAGACAGAAGAAACAUCUGAUUUGGGUUCAAACGGAUGGCAAAUUCCUGCUUCAAUUCUGAUCAAUCAGAAUGGAUCUAAUGUUGCUAACUUAAGAAGCCAGACAAUGCUGAAAAGAUCAGUGUCGCCAACUGAAAACCUUAGUAUGGCAACGAAAUCCAUGUUGGUCACACGUUCCUUUAGAAUAAAGGCGCAAUCAUCAACAGGACUUUUGAAGCAGUUCCAGCUGAACUUAUGGAAACUCUACUGCAAAGGGUUAAAAGACGCCAAUGAAGAUACCAAGGUUAUAUUGGAAUCCAAAGGAGGUGGUGGUGGCGGAGGCGACGGAGGCGGUGGUGGCGAUGAUGAGAAGGGGGAGGAAGGUUCUGGGUUUCUGCCAGAAUGGCUGAAUUUCACUUCUGAUGAUGCGAAAACAGUUUUUGCCGCAUUUGCUAUUUCGCUUGCCUUCAGGUCAUUUGUGGCUGAACCAAGGUUUAUUCCUUCGUUGUCCAUGUAUCCUACAUUUGAUGUUGGGGAUCGAAUUGUAGCUGAAAAGGUCAGUUACUAUUUCAGAAAGCCCUGUCCUAACGACGUUGUAAUAUUUAAGAGCCCUCCAGUACUCCAGGAAGUAGGAUAUACUGAUGAUGAUGUUUUUAUCAAACGAAUUGUUGCAAAAGAAGGAGAUACUGUUGAGGUUCAUGAGGGAAAGCUCAUUGUAAAUGGUGUAGCAAGAAGUGAAGAUUUUAUUCUUGAAGCCCCCAAAUACGAAAUGUCGCCAAUUCGUGUACCCAAGGAUUCAGUUUUUGUGAUGGGCGAUAACAGAAAUAACAGCUAUGACUCGCAUGUCUGGGGUCCCCUACCUUCAGAGAAUAUUAUAGGAAGAUCCAUAUUCCGGUACUGGCCUCCAAAUAGAAUUGCCGGCACAGUGCUUCCUGAGAGCUGCAUUGUUGACAAGCCGGAGACAGUAUUAGCAGAAAAUAACAGUAUUUCUGACUUGCCUAAAAAUUGA